CGGAAACGUCACGGAUCCGGAAGGGCAGUGUUUCAACGGCAGGAGGAAAAACAUUACGUCUAUGUGUUCCUUUUACAACUAGUCAAAGCUCAUCUCAAGCCACCACAAAGCAGACAUGUCGUACGGUAAAUCAGAGAGUUACCACCCCGUCCCAAGGGACUUCACCUCCCUCAUACAGUCAUGCAGCGGCAACAUCCAGAAGAUCACACAGAACACUGCUCAGAUCAAGAGUAUGGUGAACCAGCUGGGGACCACACAGGAUAACAGUGCAUUCCAGGAUCGACUGCAGCAGAUACAGCACUCCACCAAUCAGCUCGCAAAAGAGACCAACAAGCACCUGAAAGAACUGGGCUCCAUCCCUCUGCCCACGUCACCCUCAGAGCAAAGGCAGCAGAAGAUCCAGAGGGACCGGCUCAUGAAUGAUUUCUCAGCAGCUCUCAACAACUUCCAGGCAGUGCAGCGACGUGCAGCAGAGAAGGAGAAGGAGUCAGUAGCCAGAGCCAGAGCUGGAUCCCGCCUAUCAGCUGAAGAUGCCUCUCGGGACGAAAAGCUUGUUUCCUUUGAGAAUCAAGACGACUGGGGUCAGAUGACCAUCCAGACAGAGGAGGCUGCCAUCACAGAGGAGGAUCUGGAGCUCAUCAAGGACAGAGAAACCAACAUCAGACAGCUGGAGUCGGACAUCUUGGACGUCAACCAGAUCUUCAAGGACCUGGCAGUGAUGAUCCAUGAUCAGGGAGAGAUGAUUGACAGCAUCGAGGCGAACGUGGAGAACGCCGAGGUUCACGUGGAACGAGGAACAGAGCAGCUGCAGAGAGCUGCCUACUACCAGCAAAAGUCCCGGAAGAAGAUUUGCAUCAUCGCUAUGGUCUGCUCCGUCGUGCUCGUCGUACUGGGCAUCAUUAUCUGGCAGGCGUCUAAGUGAGUUCACUCCACAUACACAUGCGCUGUGCCACGACUACGUUUUACUCUGCCCCCCCCUCACACCUGCAACUACCUGCUUGGAAUCACAAGAAGAGGCAAAUAGACGCCGAUCACUUCACCGAGGUCGACGGGAGUGGCUGAGGGAUGCUCGGCGUGGGAAAAAAAACAAACACUCAUCUGUACCGAUCAAGUCUGGUUUUUGUAAAAUAGCUGAAAAAUAUCCUAUUUAAACAGAGAUGAAGGAGAGAAUGGAGGACUGGAGGUGGUGUAGGGGAGUGAUUUAAGAUCUAAGAUUCCUUAAUUUGCAUCAUUCUUCUUUUUUUUUUUCGUCUUAUUUACUGCACUAACACUAGCCGUCACUGUAUUUCAAAAUAUCAAAAAAUAUUAUUGGGAAUGAUUUCAGAACAGGCAAAAUGAAGAAAAAAGAAAAAAAAGGCUUGUUAAAAAUGAAAUAAAUUUGUGAUUUUUAAGGGGCUGUAAAUUUAUUUUUUUGUUACCUGUUCUAUGUGGAACCCUUCAGAUGUUAAUAGUAUGUGGAGUGCCACGGUUUGAAGUUGUAGCCGUGUUGCUCGGGCUUUAUGUGUCGCACAUCUGAGCUAAAACCACAGGGCUCCGCUGCAGCUCCGGGGCCUUCACAGUUAACUUCUACACGGGACCUGAAUGACUCCUGGAGGUGAUGGCGGACGCGAUUGUUAUAUAAAUGUUGUGAACUGAAAGCUCUGACAGAAUAAUAUUAUCAGUCAAAUCCAUGUCUGUAAAUAUUACAAAGUGCUGCGUUAUAUUCUGCAAAAUAACAUUAUGGAUCUCAAACAGAACAUUUUUAAUUGAUUUCUAUGGCUCCUGUCAGUAUACAUAAUAAAUGUCUUAAACACU